CCUCUUCGCUGCCUGUCAUGCUUCCAUCCGGGUUGUUCUCACUGGCCGUCUAUCUCGGCCUGGUCUCCGCCACUGCUACGGGGGUUUUGGAGCUCCCUGCGGAGCUAUACUCGCCUCUGAUUGCUCAAAAGGUGCUCAAGACUGCACAGUCCUUCCCCAACCCGGCUAAGUACCCGCAAUACACCGACCGAGUCGCAGGGGACUGGAUAUGGUUCCCGCCUGAUGUGUGGACGACGGGCUUCUUCCCUGCAACUCUAUACGCGAUGCACGAGCGCGCCAAUCUCUGCCUUGCCAACGCCGGUGACGCCACCCAAUGGCUCAACCUCGGACGCACGUGGGCAACUCCGGAAAUUCCUCUUGAGGUCAACACGAGUGUCGGACAUGAUGUCGGGUUCCUUAGCUUUCCCUUCUUGGACGAGCUGACAGUGAACCCAAAGAAUGAGACGGCUAUCCAGGCGGUGAAUGCGUUCGCGAAUCACCUUGCCGCGCGGUUCAAUCCUAUCGUGGGUUGUACCCGUAGCUGGGACUCCGCAGACCCCACCGAUUUCCAGGUGAUCAUUGACAACAUGAUGAAUCUUGAGGUCCUAUUUGCGUCCGAGAAGCUAACGGGCAACCACACCCUGCGAGACAUCGCCAUCUCGCAUGCAGAUAAGACCAUGGUAAAUCACAUUCGCCCAGAUGGCGGUUCUUUCCACGUCGUGGAAUACAAUUCUACCACUGGCGCUGUCAUUUCUCGUCAUACGUCUCAGGGCUACGCUGAUAAUAGCACAUGGAGUCGAGGAGAGUCAUGGGGCAUCUACGGCUUCACGAACAUGUACAAGCAUACUAAGAAAUACGACUACCUCGAGACGGCCCGUCGCACAGCCAAGUACUUCAUAACGAAUAUCCCGGACGAUGGUGUCGUCCCGUGGGACUUCAACGCGCCGCUCGUCCCACCUCGGCCGGCAGACUCGUCCGCUGCUAUGAUCGCAGCGAACGGUCUCUUCUUACUCGCCGACCAAGAACUCUCCGUCCUGAAUGUCACUGGCGCCGCGUACUACACGAACGUUGCCAUCAAAAUCAUUCGUGACAAUACCCAGCUGGCGUGGGCGCCCUCGUGGCAAAGCCUGCUCUCGAAUGGCACUGUGAACAACCCGCAACAUAAUAAUUUGACUGGUAUCGUAUACGGCGAUUACUACUUCAUCAAAGCCGGGAAUGCGCUCCUUUCGCGUGGUCUCGCGCACUGCUAGCCCGGCAAAAUAUGGAAUGACUUUGCCCUACACUUUGUCGAACUGACGAUACCUAUUGUAGAGUACGCCACCCACUUACCGUUACGAUAUAUACCCUUCAG